AUGUCCAUGGCAUCAUCGAUGGAUGCGCUGGGUGCCUUCACCCACCUCGAAACAAAUCUCCCAACUUGGAUCACUCGGGUCUCACAGCUAGCCGACCACGCCGCUGCCAGACACGCAGAAUACUCCGAGGCCUAUCGCCGCCACGCAUCCUACAAGUCGAAACCUCGCCGCCGAAAGAAUAGCUCCGUUGUCUCCAUCCACGCCGACGACUUCGUCCCGCUCGCCCAAAGAGAUGACCCCAAAGUCGAGGAAGCUGUGGAGGAGACAGAGACGGCUGUAGAGACAAACUCGAGACACACCCACCCGAACCAACAGGCCGGUCGCAAACGUGGCACCGACGAAGCCCCCUCCAUCGACUCCGGAGACCGACACACCUUCGUCAGCACCCGCCAUAACGUGAUCAUCGAAUACGACGGCCACACCCAAAAAGCACUCGACGAGAUCGUCAAGGACAUCGGAACAACAUCCGACGCGGGAAGAUGGGAACAAUGUCGCGAGGGGGGCCUACGCGCGGGCCUCCUUAACCGCUCCGCAGCGCUCACGGGCAGUGCGGCCGGAGGUGAGCCAUCGGCGCUGGCCUCGCUAGCCUGUGUCCGCAGCACCCGCACCGGCGCCGGCCUGGUCGGCGUGACUGGAUCGACAUCUGGAAUCCGCAAAGAAUCGCCAUUCGACUAUACCGACAAGCAACUGGAGGUAGCUCACGGACUCUGCGAAACAGCCGCGUACCAGGUCCUGCGAUCAGGUGAUUGCGGAACCGAACUCGACGGCGUCGAGGAGAAAUUCAAAAUGCUUUUGGAAAUGGUUGCGAAAGAAGUUGAGCGGCUCAAGGAAGAGAAACAGAAACAGGAGGAAGAACAGGCCAAAUCGCCACCUGUUGAAUCAACUGAGGAAACCGACUCCAAACCACCCCCCAACCCGGCCGCCGCUCGUCUCGCUAGAAUCGCUGCUAUCACAGCCUCCGCGAAGAAGCCCACCUCAGAAUCCCCCCGGUAUGAUCGAAGUCGACGAUACGUCUUCCAUAUCGGCCGAGUCCAUUGA